AUGCCGCGCGACCGCUUUGUCAAGCAAUCGUUGGGUGUGACCCAGAAGCGUGUGGUCCAGUCCAAAGUUCUCCUCGUUGGCGCCGGCGGCAUUGGCUGCGAACUUUUGAAGAACCUUGUCUUGACCGGCUUCGGCGAAGUUCACAUCAUCGACCUUGAUACCAUCGAUCUCAGCAAUCUCAACCGUCAGUUCCUCUUCCGACACGAGCACAUCAAGAAGUCCAAGGCUCUCGUCGCAAAAGAGGCUGCUCAGAAAUUCAAUCCUAAUAUCAAGCUUGAAGCCUACCAUGCCAACAUCAAGGACUCUCAAUUCAACAUCGCAUGGUUCUCGCAAUUUACAGUUGUCUUCAACGCGCUCGACAAUCUCGAAGCUCGCCGACAUGUCAACAAGAUGUGCCUCGCCGCCGAUGUGCCGCUGAUUGAGUCAGGGACAACUGGCUUCAACGGUCAGGUUCAAGUCAUUAAGAAAGGCGUCUCUGCUUGCUACGACUGCAGUCCGAAGCAGACACCAAAAUCUUUCCCCGUGUGCACUAUUCGAAGCACGCCUAGCCAGUCAAUACACUGCAUCGUCUGGGCUAAGAGUUACCUGCUACCUGAACUGUUUGGUGAGAGUGAAGACACCACCCCAGAACUCGAUGUGACCCAAGACUCUGAGAACGCCGAAGAGAUAGCAAAGCUAAAAGAGGAGGCCGAAGCUCUGAAGAAGAUUAGAGAGUCCAUGGGCUCGGACGGUUUCGCCAAACAAGUCUUCGACAAGGUUUUCAGAGAAGACAUUGAACGCCUUGCAAAGAUGGAAGACAUGUGGAAAGACAAAGCUGCUCCAGAACCUCUGUCAUAUGAGACACUCGAAACCGAAGCUCGCGACAUCGAGCCAUCCAUAUCGCAGCUGGACCAGAAGGUCUGGUCGACUGCACAGAACUUCGUCGUAUUCCGCGACAGCCUGUCACGACUUGCUAAACGCCUGGCCGAAGAGCAGGCCAAUGCUGCUAAAAACGGCCUACCUUCUGCUGCGCUUACAUUCGACAAGGAUGAUGACGAUACUCUCGACCUCGUAACGGCUGCUGCCAACCUCCGUGCCCAGAUCUUCGGCCUCGAGCCAAAGUCAAAGUUCGAUACGAAACAGAUGGCUGGCAACAUUAUCCCGGCUAUCGCAACGACUAAUGCUAUGAUUGCGGGCUUGUGCGUGCUGCAAGCCUUCAAGGUGCUGAAAGGCGACUAUGUGAAAACCAAGAUGAUCUUCGUUGAUCGGGGUAACAUGAGCGCCUCAGUAUUCGACGAGCCGAACCCCGACUGCGUCGUCUGCGGCGCUGCCAUGGUGAGGCUACAGAUCGAUCCUGCGGCAACUACACUCAAGGACUUGGUCGACGAAAUCCUGAAAUCGAAGCUUGGGUACGGGGACGAAAUUUCUGUUUUGAGUGAGAAAGGCCUCAUCUAUGACCCCGACAUGGACGACAAUCUUGAGAAGAAGCUUGACGAAUUAGAAGUCAAGCCUGGCUCCUUUUUGACUGUAAAGGACGACAACGACGAUGAGACCCCACGCGUUGACCUGCAACUCGCAGUGGAGGCCAGAGCUACCGAUAGUGAGGAAGUCGGCCCAUCUAUCAGCCUUGUGCUGAAAGAGGGUGCAGUACUCGACAUCCCCCGGAAACCUAACACACGGCCAGACGGGGCAAGCAUCACAAAUGGCAACGGUGAACUUGACAAUGUUCAACCAGUUGAGGAGAAUGGUACUGCGGUUGCCUCGAGCAUUACAAAGCGCAAACGUGAUGCCGAUGAAGCGGGUCUCGAUGCUGAUGGCAUCCCAUCGAAGAAGACCAAGCCCGAUGUCGAUCUCAAGGGCAAGAGCAAGGCUGUGGAUUCCGAGGUCACUGUCAUAGAGGAUGGAGAUGGCACAAUCAUGAUUGACGAUGACUGA